CGCGAUGAUGUAAACAAAGAAGCGGAUCAUCAGAUAAAGUUCGUUAGAACGGAACCGGAGCAAAGCCACGGAGGAUGGGGAUCCACAGAGUCUGAACCAGAUCCAGAACCCGAGUCAGAACCGCGACCCGAACCAGAGCCGGGACCGGCACAAGGACCGGAACCAUGUCCAUGGAAGACCCGUUCUUCGUGGUCAAAGGGGAGGUACAGAAGGCAGUGAACGCAGCACAGAGCCUCCAUCUCAGGUGGAGCGAGCUGCUGCAGGAGGGGGGUGGAGCCUCCAGAGAGGAAAUGGACUGGACGACCAAUGAGCUGAGGAACAGUCUGCGCUCCAUCGAAUGGGACCUGGAGGACCUGGAUGAAACCAUCAGUAUCGUUGAGUCAAAUCCUAAAAAGUUCAACCUGGACGCUGGCGAGCUGUUGAAAAGAAAAGCGUUCAUCACCAGCACCAGGAACACAGUGAAGGAAAUGAAAGAACAGCUGUCGAGUCCAGCUGCUGCAUCCAUGGACAGAAAGAAAACACAGGCUCCUCCCGCUGAGCGUGGGGCUCGAGGUCCGAUGUGGCAGCCUGGUCCUGAUAAAUACAUUCGACUGGAUCAUCAGCUACAGAACGCCAACACUCAGUUUAUCGAGGAGCAGCAGGGGCAGCAGCAGCUGAUCUCUGAGCAGCAGGACGAACAGCUGGAACUCGUGUCAGGAACAAUCGGAGUCUUGAAGAACAUGUCAGAGCGAAUUGGGAUGGAGCUGGACGAACAGUCUGUGAUGUUGGACGACUUCACUCAUGAGGUGGACAGCACUCAUUCCAGACUUGACACCGUCAUGAAGAAACUGGCCAAAGUGUCUCACAUGACCAGUGAUCGUCGUCAGUGGUGUGCGAUCGGAGUGUUGCUCGCCAUCCUCUUUGUCGUCCUCCUGCUUUUCUUCAUCCUCUGAUUUCAGUUCCAAAUGCAUCUCUGUCCUGUUUCUACUGGACUCUACACGCCCUCUACUGGACUAGGGUUGGGUACCGUUCACAUUCGGGCCAUUACUGGUCCCUGUACCUGGAGUGUGUACUGGUACCCAUUGGUACUUCUUUCGAUACUUUACUCUCUUUUCCUGCAAAGAGAGUUUCGUGUUGCCUCCGCCUCGCGACAUAAUUCCACUACAACGCUUAUAGCGAAAAUGUUUGUCCUUGGUUCCGAUUCACCACUAUAAGUAUUAGAUUACUAUAAAAGUUGUGUAGCUUCUGUAUGAUGGACCCAGAAGCUGAGGGAAAGGUAACACACGCACACACACACGCACACACACACUGACUCCGCUGCUCACUUCCCUCUCUCUGAGCUGACGUCUCUGACUCGCUACAGUUUAAAUGUUGAUUUUUUUGUUGCCACAAUAUCAACACUGAUUAUCACAUAACGAUCAAUUAUUUUCUUAAUGAGUCAAAACCUUCUUCCUGUCUCGUGCUGACACACACACACACACACACAAACACACACAUACAUACACACACAGAAUGUAUAAACCCAGUCUGGGUAAAAUCCACAGACUUUGUAAACUUAGUACAUGUGUGCAGAUCUGAAGGAGAGGGAGUCGCUCAGUGUGAACGAUACAGACACAGAGGAGCAGUAAACUAGUGACGCUAAAAACCUCACCAUUGACUCACCGUAGUUCUGAGCUCGGCUUGUUUCAGGGUCACAUGGUCUCUCUCUCUCUUUCAUUCUCACGCUCUCUCUCACCCAGAUGCGCUCAGAAGUAACGAAAUUUGCCACCAAUUGAUUAACGUGAAUCGGGGCCGGGUAGUACUGACGUACAGAGAUCCGUACCCAACCCUACUCUAUACUGGUCUCUACUGGUCUCCACUAGUUUGAACUGGACUCUACUGGACUCUUCUGAGCUCUUCUGAACUCUUCUGAACUCUUUAAUGCCAGUUGUUGAGUUUGAAAUUGUUUGUCUUAAAACAAAGUGUUAACACUAAAACUGUCUGUUGUUGUUUACAGUUUGAUUUUGUUGAUUUUAAGUGACUGAAACAUUUUAUUUUUAUCCUAACGGUUGAUUUCAUUUCACUUUAUUUUAUUUUAUUUUUCCUGUAACGUAUUGAUCAAUACACUCCAGUUUAUUGACUUUUCUACUGUUAAACUACUUGUAAAUGAAACCAUGCACUUCUUGCAGCUCCUUCACAAUAAAAGCCCUCAGGGAAUCAUUGGAAGGCUUUUAUUGUGAAUGAGUCCUUAAGGUUUGAAUAAAAUGCUGAAAUAAGGUGAACAGGUGCAUUGGAAUAUUGUAUCACACAAAGUUCAAAUUACACAGUGGCUUUUGGGGAGCCCUAUUUUCUGGUGAAGUCCAGUACUCGACAUGUCACAUGGCAACAGUGAAAAUAAUCCUCCUGUUAUUACUUGAGGCAAUUAAUACCGUCAUAACAUUUCAAACAGGCUCAAUAACAACGUAAGAUUUAAGGAAUUAAUUUAAUUGGCUAAUCAGAGCAAACAAAAACCAAAUGAUUAAAGCAGGAGGACACAGGUUACAGCUUUGUGCUUCUCAUUCACACUCCUUCAGGAACAGAGCAUCACCUGGACAAAAUCUGCUGAGCAUUAUUUGGUCUACUUGUUUUUAACUACAACUAAAUAAAAUCUCUGUCAGUC